CGGAAGCAGACGGAUCGGCACGUAGUAAACGCUACACGUCGCAGUCUAUACUCGUUCGCCAGCGCGAACUCGCGCAUUCCGCGCGCGCGGUCGUUGCGACGGUAGGGAAAAUGCGGUGGGAGGAAAAGCAUGCAAGUCGUUUGUGAACUCCCUUUACGGGCAACCGCGGGUAUUACCGGGCACUACGGCGGACGCGCUACGUCACAUACGCAGUUACACGUCGCCGAGUAACUCGCAGACAUCUGCCGAGCCAACGCCGGAAGUUUGGGGGAUUUGGUAGCGCCGCGCCGCUCUGCACCCAUCCGGCCACCUUUUAACGGGCGUUUUAGGAUGCCCGUGGAAUGGGAUAUUCCGCGUUGGUAUCCGGGGGCUCAUCAGAAUCCAUCAUUUACGGCCGAAUUUCGAGCACCGUGGGCGACCCUGCACGCGCACGUUGCUUUAUGUGUCGCACGAGACCGCCGGAAUUUUAUUAUUCAGCGAUGACUCUUCCGGUGGCAGCUCUAUCCUGCUUGUAUUGGAACUGCUACUGCGUAAUAUGUGAGUACCCCAAGUACGUGGGGUUCGAAGCAAGUGAAACAACCGUUGUGACGCCGGGUGUCUCAUAAAUCGUCUCUUCAGCUGCUGUCAGAUUCCCGUGCAGAUUCGUAAAUAAUCGCAAUCAUAACUAUUCCGUGCAGGCCAAUGAUGCUAGAAUAGAGAUGCGGGCCCGUCUACAUUAUGGUGGAGGAGAUAACACAAUCGAGAAUCGUGUACAUGUACGCUUCGACUAAUUUCGGAUAAUAGAAGAGAACAUGUUGUUCCUUUUUUCUGUUUCGUUUUUACCAAGUUGGCAACAAAGGCCGCGUUGCUUGCUUCUUAUCACAUGCGACAGCUUUAAACGUUUCUCCUUGUAACACACGCUUGUAACACGCGACCUGUAACACACGCUUUAAAUGUUUCUACUUGUAACACACGCUUGUAAUACUUGCGACUUGUAACGCGGUGAUUUUCAAUCUAUCUUUCAUGUCAAACGAGAGAGAGAGAGAGAGAGAGAGAGAGAGAGAGAGAGAGAGAGAGAGAAAUCCUUGAAUCUCCAUUAUUAAUAUCAUUCUCGCAUAUAAUUUACAUUAGUUACGACAUAUAUAUCGUUAGAUAAAUGUAUGUGUGUACCGAAAAAAACAAUUACGCGCUGUCGCGCGUAAUCAGAAACAAAUAACGCAACUUUUGUUGUCAGUUCAAUAAAAAUAAAAGGAAACAGUAUCUAUAUUUUUUUACUAUCUAAA